UUUCACAUAAUAUAUUGCCCUAAUAGGGGCGGCACGGUGGUGUAGUGGUUAGCGCUGUCACCUCACAGCAAGAAGGUCCAGGUUCGAGCCCCGUGGCUGGCGAGGGCCUUUUUGUGCGGAGUUUGCAUGUUCUCCCUGUGUCCGUGUGGGUUUCCUCCGGGUGCUCCGGUUUCCCCCACAGUCCAAAGACAUGCAGGUUAGGUUAACUGCUGACUCUAAAUUGACCGUAGGUGUGAAUGUGAGUGUGAAUGGUUGUCUGUGUCCAGGGUGUACCCCGCCUUUCGCCCGUAGUCAGCUGGGAUAGGCUCCAGCUUGCCUGCGACCCUGUAGAACAGGAUAAAGCGGCUGGAGAUAAUGAGAUGAGAUGAGAUAUUUGAGCCAAAUUUAACAAUCAAAAAUAAUCAAUAUAUCAAAAAGUGGAAGCGUGUUGAGUACAUCUACCCUCAUGACUAGAGUGAGCUUUUUAAACACAUCUAUAGCAGUGGCAACUCAUGUCUAGAGACUUUGGUGAGACUGGACAUUAAUAACCAUAGAAACAAAACAUAAACAAAAUUAAGUCAAAGGUCUGUCACAAUUGAUUUAUGCUGAAGACCACAAAAUUUUAGCAUAAUUUUUGACUAACCUGGUGUAUAGGCAGUCAAGUGUUGCCCACAUACUGUCAUCCACCAUACAGUCUAGCAGCUUUGAACCACAGACAUACUUUUUCAUCUUUGUUACUUUAUUUCCUUUCACCAGUGAGGCACACAAAAGAGCUAAUAUGAUUAACCAGGGUUGCAAGGUUUCAGCAAAAUUUCCAGCCUAUUAGCAUCUCAGAAAGCACACAACAAUCCUGAAAUUAGUCUAAAUCAUUUGGGAACUGGAAUAUGGUUACUUAUUUUUCCUCUGCCUUUGCAUGGGAAACUACAUCAAUAGGGUGCACACACAUUUCUGAUUUAUGGACAUAAUCCACUCUAUAAUUCCCUUUUCCCUCUCCCAAUUCCAAUUUAAUAUCUUAAAAUAGAAAUGGUUCUGUCCAUCAAAGACACACUCUGAUUGUUGGACUUAUGAUUGUAUUUCACUGGGGAGGGGUUGAGCAAGAAAUUACACAUCGAGGAGGUGUUUCCUUCUUCUUUCAGCAUUUACUAAGGUGUCCAAGCAAGGACCCCAGCAUUUUGGCUCACACAUGAGAUAAGUCUCCAUACAAUAAAGAAUUCACUGAAGAAUGGAUUCCUACAGACCAGCCAUCAUGUUUUUCAUUUUAAUCUCAUUCCAUGCGGGACAGACUCUGCGCUGUGCAUGUAAAGAAGAUUUCAGAACUUGCGCAAGUAUUCACAAUAUGCAAGCUAACUUCACAACUGCUCAGCAGAUCUGCAUGAAAAAUGGAGGUAAAUUAUUAACACCAUGGAGUAAAAUUAUUGGCAGUUUGCUUUUCAACAAAACAGGACACUUCUGGAUUGGCACUGGAUGUGAUUGUUUAAGCAGCAAAAGGAAUUCUCAAGGUGAUAUUGCGACUCUGAACAGAGGAGGGGAAGGUGUGGAGUGUUCCUCACAGUGCAUAUCAGUUUCUAGUAACAGGGAAUUAGCUAAGCGCUCGUGUGAGGAACAAGCUGACGGCUUUUUGUGUGAUGGCAUUGACUGGGAGAACUGCUGGGAGUCUCAACCAUCUGAAGUGCAAAUUCUGAAUAAGAAAGACUGUGGACUUGCUCCAUGUGAGCACAAAUGUGAAGAGGUUCCCGGAGGCCACAUGUGUUCCUGUUUUAAACGGUACAGGCCACGCAGGAAAAAUCCAGAAUAUUGUGAAUCGUCCUGCAAUUCUGACUCAUGCCCACUGCCUUGCCCCACGUGUAGGUGUCCUGAUGGCUUCCUGAAAGAUGAAGCACAGUGCACAGAUUUAGACGAAUGUGAUUUGAAUGACCACAACUGUGCACAAAAAUGCAGGAACACAAUCGGAAGUUACAAGUGCUCUUGCGAUGAAGGGUUCAUGCUGGUAAACAGAUCUGAAUGUGUUCGCCUUAUAAAUCCUACUCCAGUAACUGCUACACUUGUUACACAGUCUGUAAAUUACGAAUUGAGUCAUGCGGCUUUUGGGACUCCAGCAGAAUAUAUUGGCCUUAUAUUGUUUAUCCUGCUGGUCAUACCUGCUCUGAUAGGACUUCUGUAUUAUUUCCGAAAAAGCAAGGGUGAUGUACUUCUAAAAGAUGGCAAUGCAUCAGAUGACACCAUGGUUCAAGAGGCACAGUUACAACUGUAAAAUGUCUUCUUGUUUUUAUGACAAGUAAUAACUUCUUGGAUAACACUUUUAUUUUUAUUGAAUUUAAAUUACAUGUUGAAAUAAUGUUUUUAAUUUCUUACAUUUAUGAGCUCAUGUCAAUGUAAACAUUUAUCACUACAAAUGAUGGUUAGAUUAAACCUAUUUACCCAUAAAUGCAGAAAAUAAAUGCAGAUUUCUUUAGUCUGAAUAACUCUGCAGUGAUAACAAAAAUGUACUGUCUUAAUUAAAGGAGUAAUGAUGGAGAGUGUUGUAUACCAAUGAUAUCUGAGAAACAGUAAAAGACACUUUACUGAGAAAAGAAGCUAAAGUGAAGCAUGAUUUAACUCUGCUUAAAAUAUCUUAUAGUAUAUAUACUUAACUACCAAAAUAUUUGGGUAUGAAAACAGAGAAAGAGCAGGAGGAUUCAGAAUGACAUUUUUAUGCCAAACAAUAAUGUGUUUUUAUAUUAGUCUAUCUGUAAAACAAUAAAGACAAACAAUACAUGCCUUUCAAUGUAACUUUCAAUGUAAGCAAUUUUGAAAUUUCACCAUAUUCUUGUCUGUAUCAAGGUUUAAUUAAUCAUACUGUGGUGACGUUGUACAAAAUUAAUCAUACUAUGAUGUUGCAUGAAAUCCAGACUUACACCAGGCAUUUAAGCAAGAAUGGAAUAACUGACACUACUUGUGCAAUAUUAAUACCAUGCAGUGUGAGAUCAACUGUGGUAAUACUGUAAUAAUUAACCUUGAUAAAUGAAAAGACUACUAGUAUUUCUUUAAGUUAGUAAAAGACUCACUUUCUAGAAUAAUGUUGAGCUUGUGAUUAUUCCACAUUACGUGAAAUAUUGUGGAUUUUGUGAUCUUUGAUGACUGAACUGUUACAUUGCCAUAGGCGCUACAAUUUUCAGUGAUAAGAGAAAACAGUUCCCCCCCCCCCCAAAAAAAAAAAAAAAAUCUAUCCCUACGAGUUACAUGUCAAUCCUGAGAUCGAGAUGCUGACCUCUUCUGCUCCUCGGACCUGCCUGAUCCAUCCUGAUGCCCUAUGCCUGGUUGGAGUCUCAUCACAUCGCUCCUGUGGAGGAUGGCCCCAUAUGGACAGUUGAAAGUCACACCUGGAGGACACUCUGGACACUCACAGUAAUGCUUUUAUGACUGAGGACUACAGUUGACUUGCUAACUUUAGGACUGCGGUUGUCAUGAACAGUUUUGCACUCAAGUUUCCAUCAAUGAAGAGAUAUAACAUCAACGAAACUGACUUCAUGUUAAAACUGUUAAUGUUAUAGUCAUGUUGUCUGUUGUUGCCCAAAUGAGGAUGGGUUCCCUUUUGAGUCUGGUUCCUCUUGAGGUUUCUUCCUCAUGUCAUCUGAGGGAGUUUUUCCUUGCCACCAUCGCCACAGGCUCGCUCACUGGGGAUAGAUUAGGGAUAAAACUAGCUCAUGUUUUAAGUCAUUCAAAUUCUGUAAAGCUGCUUUGCAACAAUGUUUAUUGUUAAAAGUGCUAUACAAAUAAACUUGACUUGACAGUUGACAGCUGA